AUGGCAGACCUCAACUGGUUCCAGAGACUCGGGCGAGCGCGCACACCGGCGCCGCCUCCGUCUCCGACCGUUGUCUCCGAUCAAGCCACCGCCGCCACGCAAGAGACAGCCACGGGAGGAGCAGCAGCACCGCGAGCUCUGCCAGCCCCGACCCUGACACUCGGCCAGAAGUGGGCAAUCGCCUCGGCGUCAACGCCAAAUCUGACAGUGCGACCGGCAGCCGCAGCGCCAUCCUCUGUCAGCACAGCAGCAAAUGGGCCACAGCACCGACCAGCCCUCCAAGCCCGAAAGAAGUCCAGCUUCAUGUCCCUGCUAGGCGGCGGAAGCGGAAGCGGCGGGGGGAACACCGGCAACAUCAGCAACAACACCAGUAACCAUAGGUGCAACAACUUGUCCUCGGAUCCAGCAGACUACGAAGAGGAUGAGCAGCCCGUGAUAUUCGUGCGCACGCGUGGAGAAGAUAUCUGCCAACCACCAAAAGUAGACGAUGUCGCAAGGACGGUCCAGGCGGUGCUGUUGCAGCGCGGGGUGAUGGAGGCGCUCCCUAUCGAGUACAAUGCCCACAUGCUGCACGUCCUCAGCGAGUUCUUUAAAAUGCAAGCCCGCAUGCAGAAGAAGGAGGCUCGGUGGGAGGACAUGUCGCUGAACCACGCGUGGGAGAGACAGGAGUGGGGACUGCUUGGGGAUGAGUGGCUGGAGCGAGAGAAGGAGUACAAGGCCGAGGUGAAGAGGCUGGAGCUCUUGCUGUCCAAGAUAUCUACCCAGGGGUGUCGUGACAGUCAGCCGGCGGACAGCAAAGCGGGCAGCCAUACCCGAUCUGGAUCAAAUGGUGAGAAACUGAAGGCCGUGCCAGUCAGUGGGCAAUCAAAGUCAGGUUUAAGUACGGAGACUCACACACCAUUUGGCAACGGAGAGGGCGGAAAAGCUCUCCGAACAAGCACAGGAGGUAUCUUCAUCUUCAGUGACCGCACGUUCACCUAUCAGUACAGAUUCGGUGGCUGUUAA